GGCAUAAAGUGCAGAGUUGUAACGUGUACUUACUGCAGGUGACGCUGACAAAGUGUACCGCAUCGCCGUCGGGGGGAAACGGAAAAGAAGGGCCCUGAUUAACGCAGUAGAGUCCAGGGACCGGAAAACUGCAGGGGCAAUUGAAAUUCAGAGAACGUGGCGUGGUUUCCGCACGAGGCAAAAGUACAUUAGCAUUAUGAAAAAGACUGCUAAAUGGAAAGUUGAAAGUGGCCGUUUCCCACUGCUAAAGAGGAGAUAUGAUGACUACGUUCAGUGGUGCUCCGAUCAACUUGGUGUGGGUAGGGGCUCCAGUGCUGUCAUGGGGUUCAGCGACUACUGUGCCAGAGGUCAUACAGGUCUGGUGGAGAACAGCCAGAGCUUGUCACUCCAGAGACAGAGAAACAAGAAGAAAGAGUUUGACAGAGGAAGAAGCUGCACAGAUAAUACAGACUGCAUGGAAAGGCUACCGGGUAAGAGCAAGAAGAUUUUCGAGUGCUACCGGAAACUGAUAAGCUUCAAGCAGAAGGGCGACCCAGCAGUCCUGCUGAAGACCAUUAACCCUUCAGAGGUUCCCAAUUUCACUGUACUUCUUAAUUUGGAAGAGUUCGGUCCACAUCUCACUGAUCUACAGGCAAAGCUUCUUGACAAAGCCUCAGGAGGCUGUGUAAGAUUCAGACUUGGAGGAUGUGAUUUCCCUCCGUCGAUCUAUUACAAGAUCUUCACCAGUCAGGCUGUGGUAGACGUGUGUUCAUACAGUCCUCGAGACUACACCGCAAUGACCUCUCGUCUACUACCGCAGAGGGACAAACACAACCACGGAUGCAGAAUCGCAAAAGACGAUGAUGGAAGUAAUUGGUACAAGAGAUGGGAAAACAAUGGCUGGAGACUAGUUUCAGAGCGACUUUUCCAAAGUCGACUGCAAGAUUCAGUGACAAUCGAGACUUCGGCGAAACGACAGUCUUUCCAUCACUCGACAUUACAGAGAAAGGCAGACUUGGAAAGGAGGCGCAAGAGGAAAAAGAUAGAGUGGCUGAAAAAACUGUAUCAACCUCAACCAGAAACACAAGCAAAAGAAGAGACGACAGAAAGUGCUGAUUUGGAAGAUGAAGUUGAUACAUUGUUAGGAUGGUCGCGGAGCCUUAAUUUUGAAGAGUAUGUCUCAGACUGGUCCCAGAUUGCAACCAGUGCUGGUCUACCUGCUACGUCAUGUGAUAGUCACAUGACUACCUAGCCCAAGUCAUGUGACCCAAACACCAUGUGUGAUCAAUAAAUAAACCAAUGGCACAGAACUAUUAUUGUUUGAGAUUCAGGAGUUUUGCAUGCAUGAUUUCAUUGUCUCCGUGGCGACUUGUAAUGUGGGCGGAGUCUCGAUGUCCUGUUUGCUCUGAACUAAUCUCAGUUCCAUUGAAUCAGGAUCAUGCACUCGGCCUGAGGCUUUGGAGUACUGCAGUGUCCUCUGAAGCACAGCUUGCAUUGUCCCAACUGCCUUUUCACACGAUAACUGUAGGUCGAGGUGGCUCCAUGCCAACAGGAGGGCAGAGAAGAGGUCCCCAGUUCCCACGAAAUGGCCCUUCAAGUUUCGGAAUCUCGAUUCUUGCCACUUCACCUGGACAUGGGCAGAGGAGUCAUUACGUCAUUAA